AUGCCGAGUAAUCAUACCAGAAACUCAUCUAAAAAACAGGAGCGAAGACUUCAAACUAGAAAGAUUCCUUACAGAGUUGGAUACAGCUGGAACAAAGGUGGAAGACUCAAGGAGCUGAGGAUAAGACAUUUGGCAAGAAAGUUUCUAAAAAUAUGGAUGAACAAAACCUUUGGCCGCAUUCUUCCCCAUGAAGCCAGAUCUCAUUAUAAUAAUGUGGUCCUGAGACGAACCUUUGAAGGAUGGAAAGACGAGUGGUGGAAGUCCAGGAGGGAGUGGAGUCUUAAUAUGCGGGCAGAGUGUCACUACAGAUAUUACCUAUGCAACAGAACUUUGCAUGGUUGGAGAAAUGUUAUAUCCUUGAGGAAAAAGAAGAGGAUUAGAAUGCAAAGCGCACAAUCAAUAGCUGAAAGGCAUCUGAUGCGUGUGGUUUGGGGCAGAUGGGAGGUUUUCAUGGAGACAAGAAGAUUUCAAAGCAAAGUGCUCAAGUCAGCUUUAGCGCAGAAGAAGAUCGCAGCUAUGCGAUCAGCGUGGAGUCUGUGGCAGACCAGGCUAAAGAAGCAACGAGAACUUUGCAUGUUAGAGGACCAAGCACUGAUCCACAGGGCAUUGCACUUACAGAGGAAGGCUUGGCUUCUGUGGAAGGAGAUGCACACAGGAGCUUGUUGCCAAAAGGAGAAAGAAACCAAAGCUGCUCUCCACUGGAUCAUAACCAUUAAAAAGAGAUCUUUCUCUCAGUGGAAAAGUUAUAUGUCCUGUCAUCGUGCAAAGAAAAAAGCAACAGCCUUGGCUCAGCACUCCUAUUGUCUGCAUCUGUUGUGGAAGUGUUGGAGUAAGUGGAGCAAUGCACUGGAUAACAGAAGGAAAGAAGAGACCCAUUUGCAAGCUGCAAGCCAUCUGGCUGCUGUAAACAUGCAGCGCAAGGCUUUGCUGUGCUGGAGAACCUGUAUCCUGCAUAAAACAAAACAUGUGCAGCUGUGCAAAGAAGAAGCUGAGAAAAAUCAGAGAGCAAGUCAACAUUUUCACCACAGCUUGCUGCGUGCUGGAUUUCAGGGGCUGUCCCUGAACGUGAAGCAGAACAGAGCACAUCGCAUGAACAACAACAUAGCCGUCCAGCACUGCCAACAAACAAUUAUGAGCAAGUUCUGGACACUGUGGAAGGACCGCCUGGAAGAAGUUGAAGAUCGGAGUUUUCAACCAAUGACUAAGAUGGCACAGAAUAGUUACAGAAUUUCUCUGUUGAGGGAGUGCUUUUACCACUGGAGAGAGAAGCUUACUGAACAAAGACACAAUCAGGAAUUGGAGCAACGUGCAGACGUUUGGUUUGCAGAGCGCAUGUUGCCUUGUUGUUUCAAGACAUGGGUCGAGUUCACUCUGCAGAGACGACUGCAUGAGCACAGAAGACACAGAGCAGAGGUCUUUAAUCGGCAGCGUCAGUACGCUUGGGUGUUCUACACCUGGUGGGGAAAGUCAGAAAAACACAAAGAGGAGAUGCUCUCUGAGCGGAUGGCAGUUUUACACGAGGAGCGAACUCGCCUGCAGAGGGCCUGGGCCCGAUGGUGGCAACGCACACAGCUUCAGGUCAAAGAGGCAGAAAAACAGGAGGCUUCACACCGCCUGUACCAUCACAGACUUCUCCACAAAGCCGUCGCUCAAUGGAAGGAAACCAGCACUGAGAUACGAGACAGGAGAAACAGAGAGCAGCAGGCUUGUCUUCAUGGUGACCUGCGCUGUAUGAGACUGGCUGUAGACAAAUGGAAAAAGGAUGAUCACUUCCUGUCCUGUAUCAUCAGGAACGUUCUUGUUGAGUGGAGGGAGAAAGCGGUGCUGCGGGGGGAGGUCCGUGUCGCAGAGCAACGCGCACAGAGCCACUUUGAGCACAUCCUCCAACUUAAGGUUUUCCUCGUUUGGAGAGAAGCCACAUCACGUGCAGUGUCAAAGCGCCACCAGCAGGGGGAAGCACACAAUCGGCUUCAGUGUGCAGUGAACCAGAUGCGGCUGCUGAGCUCCUUCAGACUGUGGAGGAAACAAACGAGGGAGGCUCGGAGGGAGAGGAUGAGCAUGGAAAAGGCUAGGCGGCACCACAAUUCCAAACUCCUCGCUAAAACUCUGACCGCCUGGAGCAAACAUCACCACCAGAACCAGAGGAAUAAGGUUGUGAUGAAGAGACAGGGAAUGCUGCUGCUGAAAUUGAAGCUCUACCAGACGUACUUUGAAGAGUGGAGAAUCAAGCUGCAGCACAGACAAAGAGAGGCGAAGCAGGCAGAGCGAGCUCUCUGGCACUGGUCCCUCACUCUUCAGGCCAAGGUGCUGUUUGGAUGGAGGCUGUGGGUGUCCGAGCAGCGCAGGAAGCGGGAGCAAACAGCCAAAGCUGCACAGACCUACAGAGACCAACUGCUCAGGGAGGGCGUGACUCGCAUCCUGACGUAUGCCGUACACAUGAACGAUCUCACAACAGGCCUAACACAGUUAGACCAACAACAAAGGUCGCAGACUCUCCAAAGAGUUGUUAAACGUUGUGCCAUGCGGUGGAAGCAACGGGUGCUAUGUAAACCGCAAAAAGAGCAACCGGGCCGAACACAACUGCCGAAAAAGAGUGUGACCUUCUGUUUGGAAGAGCCUCCUCUUGACAACAUUUCCACAGGGGAGCUGGCAGCUCCAGACGGAGCAUUUAACAAGCAUCGGAUUUCUUUAAAUGCCAAUGAUGAGAAGCAACGGAGAGGAUUUGAUGGGAAGGCCGUAGAUCUUCGGGUAGAAGAUGUGCCAGCUGAUCCAGCAUCAGCUCUGGCCGGAGAGCUUCUCAGUAUCCAGCAAGACAUGAGGAGCUUCCAGCAGAGCAGGAAGCAGCUUCGCGCGUGGCGAAAGCUAAGAGACGUAUUACAAAGUUGGCUGCAGACGAGUGGCGAGGAUGAGCCAAUGGAAAAAAAUGCUGUUUGUGAGGAGCUGAAGGAGCUGGAGGAACGCAUCCACAGACUGUCCACCGAGCUGGAUAAAAGGAAACCAAUGAUGCUGCUGCACACGGAGAGAAUUCAGCUCUUACAGUCUCUCUUCAGCACCUCAGGAGUUAGUUCUGCCUGCUGA